GCGCGCUCGUGUUUUGGUUCCAAAAAGAUGGCGGACCCUUGUUUUCAAGCUCGGUCGUAUAGAAAUGCGAUACUUUUGAAAUAAGCAGCGAAAGUUGACACGUUGUGUAUACAAUAAUGUUGAGUGCGUGAAAUUAUUGUACGUCAGAUUUAUGUUCAAGAUCUAAACAGUUUCUUUGAGCGUCGUAAGUGCCGUGAAAGCGGUGUCUUUAGCGUGCGGAUUAUACAAACUCUGAUUCGAGUGAUUUUUAGAAAUUUUUGUUAUUUUCUGUGCGAAACACGGUUUAAGAAACUGGAAAACAGUAUCGUGAUUCAAGGAGUAAAAUGAUUUGUCCCUGAUAUAUGUUCACGUGGUUUAAUACCUCGACAAUUGACAUAUUAGCAAUACUACUUGGUUAGGUUGAUUGACUAGGUAGACAUUAUACCUAUGAUAUCCGAACAACGUUCCACGUGUUCCUCUCGGUGGUUCACGUUAAAACGUGAUAUUGUAUCGAGUUCGUAGGUAGCUUAUUAAAUGAAUUAUUUUAAUCCAUAAUGGCUACAAGUGAUUUUGACGUGGAGCUCUUUGAGCGAAGACUUCAUACACUGAAGGAUUCGCAGGAGUCAAUACAAGGUCUUUCAGCUUGGUGCUUAGAAAGGCGACAACAUCACAAGAAAAUUGUUGCUACUUGGUUGCAAGUACUAAAGAAGGUGAAAGUUGAGCAUCGCCUGACACUAUUUUAUUUGGCAAAUGAUGUGAUCCAAUAUUCCAAGAGAAAAAACUUUGAGUUUGUGGAAUCAUGGGGUACAACAUUACAAAGAGCGACAACAAUGGUUAGAGAUGAGAAAGUAAAACAUCGUAUAUUAAGGAUUUUUAAAAUAUGGGAUCAGCGGCAAGUAUACGACGAAGAGUUCCUGGCAGAUCUGUCAGGACUAAUUUCUGCAGCCCCAAAAAAGAAAUUAGACCCCCAACCAUCUGUACCACCAGAAGAAUUUCAAGCUGCUUUACUUAUAUCUACUAUGAGAUCAUGUGCUACAUUAGAACAAGCAACAGAUGCACGAUUAAGGGAUUUACGUGAAAGUAACAUAGAUAUAGAAAAUGCUGAAGAACUGUGUGCUUCUUUGAAAGAUAGAAGAAGAGUUGAAGAUGCAGAGAAAGAGGUUGAUUUGGCAGUGAGAAAUGUUGAAAACUAUGUUCGUGCAUUAGAAGCAGAAAUCAGAGAAAGAACACAAGUUCUUGAACUUCUAGAGCAGGCUGAUCAAUUUUAUGAAACCCAAAGAGGAGAAGUGAAAAUAGUUACAAAUGCUUAUAGAAAUUUUGGAAGUCGUGUAAAAAAUUUAAAGAAAAAAUUGGAUGAACUUUUGCCAACAUUAGUUUCUCCAAUUCCAUCACCGGAUAUAAAUGCCCCAUCUCCGAGUCCCGACAGUGAUAUAGAACUUCCAGGGGAUGAAAAUCAAACACAAAAUCAAUUAGGCAUGAUAGAUGUAGCACCACCAUCUAUGUAUGGUUCAUAUUCACAUGAAUAUGAUCCUGUACCUGUACCAGCUCCUGAGUUGAGCCAAGGGAAUGAUUCUGGUGAUUUCACCAAUAAUUUUUCAUCCUUUAUGGGCGGCAAUAUGGACUUUGGUAAUAUGAGAAAUAUAUUUAAUGAAAGGUCAUCAACUCCUACUGGAAUGUCACAACAAUAUAAUGAUUCAAUAGAGGCUAAACCAAUAGAGGUAAUCAACAUGAGGCCCUCCAAAAACGAAAGUAGUAGCGUCGACUUUAAUAUCUCUAGUUUCUUAAAGACUGUUCUUCCUUCUUCUGAUGGAACGCAAGAUUCUGGUGGAAUACCAGGUCUUGGUUUAGAUAUUCCCGAAUCGCAAGUGGAAUCUCCACAGCGAUCAAAUUACAGGCAUUCGCCUGUGUUAGGACAACAUCCUGUAACUCCGGUGAUCUCGAGAAUGAUGGGUAAUCAGGCAACACCCCUAGGCGUGCCUAAUUGCCAAAUAAGUCACAGUACCCCCUUGCCUGUCCGGAACUUGUCCGCCGAAUCACACACACCGUCUCCAUACUCCAGCCAAAACAGUCAGAGUAAUAUAACUGGACCUUUCGAUGGGCCUACUAAUAAUAAUACCGUUAAUCCUUUACCACCUCCGCCAUUACCUCCACCUAUUUUUCUUGAUGACGAAAAUUGUUAUAAUAAAUUGCCACCUAAAUUUCCAACGUGGACACCUCCAAGCGAAAGUAUCAAGGAACCAGCCAAGUGGGAAGAGAAGGGUACGAUUAUGUUUCCAGGAAAAAAUAGUAUGAAUCCAACUUGGCCCGGGGAAUGCGACGAGAAACCGAAGGUGUGGAUGGACGGAGAUCCGGAUAGGUGGAAUUCUAAUAACGACUCCACAUGGGUUGGGCCAGUUAGAAGAAAAAGUGAGAUUUUAUCCGAAACCCCAGAAUCACCACCAAUUUACGAAAAAACUGGCUUCACAGAUCCAGUAGAAUACGACGACUCUCAACCUCAAGAAUCUCUUUUAAGUACCGCCGGAGACGUCGAUCAUAGAGUGAUACCUAUUCCGAUGACGGUCGAAAAUCAAUUACCGUAUCGGUUAAUGAAAGCAGCUGACGUCGACCACCGUAACUUGAUCAGUUUGACCGGAAGUCCAGCGAACCACAACGUCAGUGACACUUCUAUGAAUGUGCUGUCUAACGCUAACAAUUUAUGGUCAACGGGGGAUCAAGAUUAUCGGCAACACAUGCAACCCGGUGAUAUCGUGGAAAGCGUUGACAUGGAGAUGUCGGACGACGAGACUGAUAAUAAACCAAAGGGACGGGUAUUGGUUGACGUAAGAUCGCAGGAUAGGGACAUGAGAGUUAGUAAUCAGGUAGCAUCGUCUCAGCACAUGGACAUGGACAUGCGUAUGAUUCCGCUCCCCUCCGGACAAAUGCCGGGAUCUCACGGGCAAAUGAUGCAGGACGUACACAUGAUGCAUCCAGGACCCCCUCCACCCCCACCUCCACCACCUCAGUUUCACCCAGGUCAACCUUCUUUUCACCAAGACCAAACAGACUUUCGUCACAAUCCUUCGGCAGAUUUUCACCCGGCCCAGUCGAACUUCCAUCAGAACAGGCCGCCGCCCAAUUUCCUACAGAACCAGCAAGACUUCAGUCCGCAAGAGUUCCACCAAAUGCAUCAAACUCCACCAGACUUCCCGCAGCAGGACUUCGAGUAUCGUGAGAAUCACAAUCUACGACCUAAUCAAGAGUUCCUCGGUGAGCCACAAAUGCGUGGCAGGUACUCGCAGCCGUCUGAACAUCAGCACCGGGACAUGCCUUUCCACCGGAGCGAAAGAGGAGGUCGUGGCGGCCGAGGAUUUCCUAGGAACCGACGUGACAGAUACUCGGACGACCACAAGCAAAGGAACAUCCAGAACAAUCGCAAACCACGAACGCAGGAUCAUCACAGAUCAUCACCCGAGAUUUUACCGAACAGUCGACCUUUGUUGCUGCAAGCACCCGACACCGUGGUGAUCCUUGACGAAGAAGGUAUGCCGAUAGGUCUUCCGAACGAGAAGGAGCUUCUAGCGAAUCCAGAUCACGCACCGGAUGCGGAACCAGAGGAGAACUGUCAAUCUCUGUCGCAACAAGACCAUAGCCUACCUCACGGUAUACCGAACUCCCGUGACAUUGACCAACGACAGCCCGUCUAUCCUGCUGGACCGAAUCUCGAACACGAACCCGAACCUGUAUCCGCGGAGCCGGACGAACUGCCGCAACCUAAUCAAGUGACGGUUGUCCCAGUGAUGACGGAUCCCAAGGAUCCUCAGUACGUUCCCGUAGCGGAAUACGAGGAGCAGGUGGAAUCUGAACCUGUAACGUCGGACAAGGUUUGCGACGGUAACGAGACGAUGGAGGAACCCGGUCAGGAGAUGAACUUCACCGAGCAGCCUCACGUGUCGGAGCAGCUGGACGACCUCGGUAACACUACGCCGAAUAACGACCUGAAGAGAACGUCGACAAACGGGAACUUUGACGACGACGACGUCAGUUGUAGCAAAAAGCGGAUGACGAUGUCGAACGGACCUCAAACGCCGACCGAAUCCGACUCCGGAUUAAACGGGCCGAUUCCACAGGCUUCCGGUGACGCGCAUUCGGGCGUAUACGAGUUCGACGGUCCUGUCGGACCGAAUUUUCGGCCUCGUCUCGGAGGUCCCGUCCCAUUCCCUCCGUGGAGAGGCGGUCUACCGCGGGGUAGAGGUUUCAGAGGUGGGCCCAGAGUUCCUUGGAUGGACAGAGGGCCUCGUGGCCCCGCGAUCGGCAACUUCAUACCCAGGGGGUUGAAACGCGGUGGACAAUUCAGAGGCAACGGCUUCCGUGGUCGAGGACGGGGUAACAGUUGGUAAAGAGUGCAAGUUGCACCCACGUGGUUCACUCGAUGCAAUUUUUCAAAGAGAUUUGCACUGACUUCGACGAUCGUUUUGUAUCCUGUACAUACACGUAUUAUUAACCGUCGAACCUGUCUCGACACUGUCUCGCGUGCAACUCUCGACACAGAGAGGCAGAAGGUGAUCGCGGAACGUCGAGAUCUUCCUUGUCGAAGACCCUCCGCGACUCGCUUGCCUAUAUACAUAUAUAAAUACAUAGAUAUAAAGGACAGAUACACGUAAACACACCAACAUACAAUCUCUUUCUCUCUCUAUCCGGAGGUACUCGACUUCACGAUAUAUACACCGUAAACACGUUUGUUAAGAUCUAGAUGUAUUAUUGAAGCGGCGCCUAAGUAUCUUCGAUAGCGUUGUCGGUGAACGACGAACGGAAGCGAGGUGUGCGUGUAUUGUCUGGUGGCUGUCGCUUCGGUAAUUAAUCGAGCGUUCACUCUUAUAGGAUUUUAUGUAAGGCAAAGAAACUUCUGUUUUACUUAUGCGUUUCACCAGUACAAGCAACUAAACUAUUUAUCGUCAGGUGAGUUGACCUGUGAAAGUAAUUCGUUGCGGCGAUGAAGCAUGUAAAAAAGAAAGAGAAAGAGAGUUAAACUCGAGGUCGUCAGAAUUCGUUUCACGGGUCGCUUCUUUGUUCACUUGCCUCUGAUACAUUAAUAUAAUGCUAAUUGUUCCGUUUUCAGUGGCGUAACUAGGUGGCCCUUCCAGGCUGGUACUUGUUCUGAAUCUAACGAUGUAACGAAAUUUGACACGUGAAUGAUGUGGCGACACGAUUUCUAAUCCAAUGCGUGGUUAUGUAGCGCAUGGUGAUCUAACGUGUAGAACGUGGUUAUAAGUCUAAUGCAUACAUGUAACGCAUAGCGAACCAAUGCGUGGUAAUAUAGCGCGUGUCGAUAUAAGGUCCCUGCCGAAAAGGCCCUAGUUACGUCAACUUCUGAUAAUAAACGGGCAUGUCAACGAAUCAUUCGAAAAGUGUAUUAUAAUAAAAAUGCAAUGUUUAUGUUCUGGUCCAGUUCGUGCAUUAUCCCCCAUUUUUAUGUUCUGGAGCGUAGUUCUGAAACGAAAAAGCAAGAGAGCCACAAUUUUUUGUUCCAUUGCGAGAAGGGCGAAUGUAAACAAAUUCGACGAACGAGUUCCGUUGGCGAUGACGCGUUUGCUCGGUUAAUUCGUUUACUCUUUUUCUUUUUUGUUCCAUCAUUUUUUGCGUUUCAUCUGUAAAUGUUUACGAUCCGUGAACAUUGUAAAACCUGUGUACAUAAUUCUACAGCAUGCAUUAUAAAAUAAUGUUAUCUUCCGAGAGAAACAAAAAGAUAGUCUGUAUCUUUGUAUUAGCGUUUUAUUCGGCCCUGAAGCGAGCAGACGGGUCGUCGCCAUGAUAACUUAUUGUAGAUAACGGAUAUUAGCGAAGCGCACAGGAAAUUAAGUGUAGCAAGACAAAUCCUUGGAAAACAAUUGAUUGUUUAAUAAAACAUUGCAAUCUA